AUGGACGUAAGAUUUUAUCCGCCUCCAGCCCAGCCCGCCGCUGCGCCCGACGCUCCCUGUCUGGGACCUUCUCCCUGCCUGGACCCCUACUAUUGCAACAAGUUUGACGGUGAGCACAUGUAUAUGAGCAUGGCGGAGCCGAGCCAGGACUACGUGCCAGCCAGCCAGUCCUACCCUGGUCCAAGCCUGGAAAGUGAAGACUUUAACAUUCCACCGAUCACCCCUCCCUCCCUCCCCGACCACUCACUGGUGCACCUGAGUGAAGUCGAAUCCAGUUACCAUUCUCUGUGUCACCCGAUGAACCAUAAUGGCCUGCUACCAUUUCAUCCACAAAACAUGGACCUACCUGAAAUCACCGUCUCCAAUAUGCUGGGCCAGGAUGGAACUCUGCUUUCUAACUCCAUUUCCGUGAUGCAAGAUAUACGGAACCCAGAAGGAACUCAGUAUAGCUCCCAUCCUCAGAUGGCAGCCAUGAGACCACGGGGACAGCCCACAGACAUCAGGCAGCAGCCAGCAAUGAUGGCGCAUGGCCAGCUGACCACCAUCAACCAGUCCCAGCUAAGUGCUCACCUGGGUUUGAACAUGGGAGGAAGCAACGCCCCCCACAAUUCACCAUCUCCACCCGGAAGCAAGUCUGCAACUCCUUCACCGUCCAGCUCAGUACAUGAAGAUGAAGGUGACGAUACGUCUAAGAUCAAUGGUGGAGAGAAGCGGCCUGCCUCUGAUAUGGGAAAAAAACCAAAAACUCCCAAAAAGAAAAAGAAGAAAGACCCUAAUGAGCCCCAGAAGCCUGUGUCUGCCUACGCGCUAUUCUUUCGGGACACUCAGGCCGCCAUCAAGGGCCAAAAUCCAAAUGCUACCUUUGGGGAAGUCUCUAAAAUUGUGGCUUCAAUGUGGGAUGGUUUAGGAGAAGAGCAGAAACAGGUCUAUAAAAAGAAAACCGAGGCUGCAAAGAAGGAGUACCUGAAGCAACUAGCGGCCUACAGAGCCAGCCUUGUAUCCAAGAGCUACAGUGAACCUGUUGAUGUGAAGACAUCUCAACCUCCUCAGCUGAUCAAUUCAAAGCCGUCAGUGUUCCAUGGGCCCAGCCAGGCCCACUCAGCUCUGUACCUAAGUUCCCACUAUCACCAACAACCAGGAAUGAAUCCUCACCUAACUGCCAUGCAUCCUAGUCUCCCCAGGAACAUAGCACCCAAGCCGAAUAACCAAAUGCCAGUGACUGUCUCUAUAGCAAACAUGGCUGUGUCCCCACCUCCUCCCCUCCAGAUCAGCCCACCUCUUCACCAGCAUCUCAACAUGCAGCAACACCAGCCACUCGCCAUGCAGCAACCCAUCGGGAACCAGCUCCCCAUGCAGGUCCAGUCUGCCUUACACUCACCCACCAUGCAGCAAGGAUUUACUCUUCAACCCGACUAUCAGACUAUUAUCAAUCCUACAUCUACAGCUGCACAAGUUGUCACCCAAGCAAUGGAGUAUGUGCGAUCGGGGUGCAGAAAUCCUCCCCCCCAGCCCGUGGACUGGAAUGACUACUGCAGUAGUGGGGGCAUGCAGAGGGACAAAGCACUGUACCUUACCUGA